AUGGCAGCCAUACAAGAACUCGCUGAGCGGGUCAAGCCCGAGGGCGACAAGUGUUACGUCGACGUCGACGCCGGCCUUGAUGACUCCUCAGUCGACGGAUCAGAGGCCAAACCCUACAAGUCUCUGGCCUAUGCCAUGAUCGCCAACAUCGAGCGCCCCUCGACCACCUACCUGACGCGUGCCUCCAAGACUGGCGAUGACCCGGCCGAGGCCCUGCUGUGGAAGGAACCCGCCAAGAGCGCCGUCAAGAAGGCCAACUCCGCCGUCGAUGCCCACAAGAAGAAGCAGGCCAAGAAGGCUGCCAGUGAUGCCAAAGAGGAGGAGGCCAAGAAGCAGCGCCUGGACAACCUCGAGGCGGCUAAGAAGAUCGUCAUCAAGCAGGACCCCAGCCUGCCUGAGGCCAAGAAGAUCCGCAUCGACGAUAAGACCAUAGAGCUUGGUGAGGGCGACAAGAAGGGUGCGAGGGUCAAGGUGUACGGCCGGAUCGACCAGCUGCGGCCACAAAAGCAGGCUACCUUUAUUGUCUUCACGGACGGCUAUGGCCUCUUGCAGUGCAUAAUACCAAGCGGACCCCUCACGCAGACCUAUGCCGCCCUUACCUUUGCCAGAAGCACCUCGCUCGUCCUGUACGGCGAGAUGAAGAAGGCGCCGCCCUCUGCGAAGACACCUGACAACCGCGAACUGCAUGUCGACUACUACGAGGUUCUCGGCACCGCGCCCUCGGACAUGGAUGCCAUUACCAACAAGGUAUCUCACACACAGGAUCCAUGGGAGGCGGACAUGCUUGACAACAGGCACUUGGUCCUGCGGGGAGAGAAGGCUUCCUCUGUCAUGAAGAUCCGGUCCGAGGUCGACUAUGCGUUCCGGCAUCUGUACAAGCAGAUGAAGAUCCGCCAGGUGUCCCCGCCUGCGCUGGUGCAGACGCAGGUCGAGGGUGGCUCUACGCUGUUCGGUUUUAACUACUAUGGAGAGGACUCAUACCUCACGCAGUCCUCGCAGCUGUACCUCGAGACGGUACUGCCGUCCAUGGGCAACGUAUACUGCAUUGAGAAGUCGUUCCGUGCCGAGAAGAGUCUGACGCGGCGCCACCUUUCCGAGUAUACGCACAUCGAGGCCGAGCUGGACUUCAUCACCUUUGAGGACCUGCUCAACCACCUCGAGGAGAUGAUCUGCGGUGUGGUGGACAUGGUCUUGUCGGAUUCUGAGAUCGCCGAGUACAUCAAGCAGGUCAACCCUGACUUCCAGAAGCCCAGCCGUCCAUUCUUGCGGAUGAAGUACACUGAUGCGAUUGACUGGCUCAACGCACAGGAUCCCCCCAUCCUCAACGAAGAGGGCAAGCCUCACGUCUUUGGUGAUGACAUCGCCGAGGCAGCCGAGCGCAAGAUGACGGAUGCAAUCAACAAGCCCAUCUUCCUGACGCACUUCCCUGUGGAGAUCAAGGCCUUCUACAUGAAGAAGGACUCAUCCGAUCUCCGCGUGACGGAGAGUGUGGACGUGUUGAUGCCCGGCGUGGGCGAGAUUGUGGGCGGCUCGAUGCGUAUGGAGGGAUACGAGGAGCUGGUGCAGGCAUUUAACAAGCACAGCAUCGACCCCACGCCUUAUUAUUGGUACCUGGACCAGAGAAAGUACGGCACGAGCCCGCACGGUGGUUACGGUCUGGGUCUGGAGCGUUUCUUGGCUUGGCUGGCUAACCAGCACACGGUCCGAACGUGCUGCAUGUAUCCUCGAUUCAUGGGUCGUUGCAAGCCUUGAGCGCAUGCCUUUGUCUUUCUUUUGGGAGCUGCACGUCCUUCAUCUCUCUACGUUUUGAACAAGGGAGCAGGGCUGGUCGCAGCUAGCAUGAGAGAACCUGAUCGAUUCGUAACAG